CGGCGCGGUGUGAGCAGCGGGCAGGAUGGGUCACCAGCAGCUCUCCUGGAGCCACCCCAGGAAGUUCGGCCAGGGCUCCCGCUCGUGCCGCAUGUGCUCGAACCGCCACAGCCUGAUCCGCAAGUACAGGCUGAACAUGUGCUGGCAGUGCUUCCGCCAGUACGCCAAGGACAUCGGCUUCAUCAAGCUGAAAUCAUAA